AUGGGCUCUUCGUUGAGAAGCUUUAUCAAAGACGUUCGUGGUGCCAAAACACUGGCAGAUGAAAGGGCAAUUAUAACGAAACAAUCUGCUAAAAUUAGGACAAAAUUGAGAGAUGACCAUCUACCACAUGAAAAAAGGCGAGUAAAUAUCCAGAAACUUCUGUAUCUAUACAUUCUAGGGGAAAAGACACAUUUCGGUCAGGUGGAGUCUAUCAAUUUAAUUGCUUCUGACGAUUUUGUCGAUAAAAGAUUAGGCUAUCUGGCCGCAACUUUAUUGUUGGACGAAUCUGAAGAUUUAUUGACACUCUUAACGAACAUGUUGAACAACGAUUUGCAUCAUCCCAACAAAUAUGCAGUGUCACUUGCACUAACCUCAUUAGGCUUUUUGAGCUCCCCUGAAUUAGCCAGAGAUUUAUACCCAGACGUCGAAAAUAUCAUCAAAAAUUCAAGAGACCCUUUCCUCUUGAAAAAAGCGCUUCAAUGUGCUGCCAAACUAAUUUUCAAAGACGUUUCACUUUUAGAAAUCUUCAACAUCGAAGACAUUACUAAGAUAUUGUCUAGUCAUUCAAUAUGUACUCACGGUGUACUUUUAGGCGUUACGAAAAUCAUACAAUCUAUUUUGUUAAUUGGAUUGAACAGAAAAAAAGAUGAGGAUGAAGAUGAAGACGGUAUUGAUUACAGCAAUGACAUCUUGUCUCCAUUAUCUUUACUUUUGCGUGAUUUUUUCAUUCGUUUGGAAAAUAUGAAUUCUAAAAAUAUUGAACCUGGAUAUGAUGUCCAAGGUAUUUGUGACCCAUUUCUGCAGUGUGAAAUAAUUUACACUUUAAAACUAUACUUUCAAGUUGGUGAGCUCUUAAAUUCGAACAAUGUUUUGGACUACAAAGAUAAUUUCUGCGAUUUAUUGACUCGUAUUGCGACGAAUACGGAUUCAACGAAAAACAGCGGACAGGCCAUUCUUUAUGAGACCGUGAAGACGAUCUUUUCGUUGGAUUUGAACCAGCCUCUACGUGUCCUUGGUAUUAACAUCUUGGCCAAGUUUCUUGCAGGAAAAGAUAAUAAUACUAAAUACGUUUCAUUAAACACCUUAUUAAAAGUUGUUCCCCAAGAGCCUACCGCAGUACAAAGGCAUAGAAAAUUCAUUUCUCAUUGUCUGCAGGAUACCGAUGUGUCGAUCCGCAUGAGAGCGUUAGAGUUGAGCUUCGCCAUCUUGGACGAUUCAAAUUUAGUGGAAUUGGUUAACGAAUUGAUGAAAUUUUUGGCAAAACAGGAUGAAGAUUCAAAAGAUCUCAUAAUAUACACUAUAGAUCACUUAAUUGACACUUUUGAUACCCGCGUUGUCAAAGAUGAAAGCUGGAAAUUAGAUGUUUUCUUUAAUAUCUUAAAAUUAGUGGGAUCGUUUAUCAACUAUGAAAAAAUUAAUGAUAUUCUAAUCAUAAUAAAUAAUACGAGCCAGUUAUCCGACAAAUCUGAAUUUUUACGGAAAAUGCUGACAAUUUCACUAAAUGGAACAUCAGCGGAGAUUUCCGAGGAAAAUAUUGGUUGGCAGUUGGUUUUGAUUUGGUGCAUUGGCGAAUAUGGCGAUUUAGUACUCAACGAGGGCAAUAAAAAUGGUGCAGACAUAAUCAAUGAGUCAUCUAUUACUGAUUACUUACUAACUUUGCAAGAACUCUACACAGCAACGAAUCUGAAGAUAAUCAAUUACAUUUUAACAGCAGCAUUAAAAUUAUCUGUGAGGUUCCAUGACGCGAAAAAUAUUGAAAAACUAAGACAACUGAUAUUGAGCUACACGGAUUCCACUGAUUUAUCACUGCAAAUGAAAAGCAAUCAAUACGAGAUAUUUUUCAAUCAGUCAAUUUCUGUGAAGAAGAUCAUUUUAGAAACAAUGCCUAAAUUUGAAAAAAUUACCGAGGAACAGGAUAAUGGAAAAGCUCUAUCGAAAAACCUUAUCUCCAACGAACCAGUUGAUCUGCUGUCAGAUUUAUUGGGUGAGGAUAGCAAGGCUGAAAGCAAGGCUUCUACUGGUGACAAUGUGAAACCAAUUGACAUAUUAGAAGAGAUUUUUGGAGAGAAGAAUGACAUUGCUCAGGUGCCCAAAAAUGCGAACAAGGAAGAAUCAAUCAAUCAUUCGUCGGCAGUGGAGGCAAACUCAGGUGUCACCUUACCAUUGGAUGCCAACAAGAUAUAUGACAGUUCCUCACUGAAUGUAUAUGCUUCCUUGCUCUCUGCAAACUCUGGAUUAGCACAUUUGGAUUUAUAUUUUCAGGCAAAGUCUUUAAUAUCUGACUUAAAAACUUUCUGUGCCGUUCCUAAAGCUCAAAAGCUAACACUAGGCCAGUUAUAUCCAUCUUCCACAAUAAACGCCAGCCAAAUUUGCAAGCAGUCAUUGAAAAUUUCUGGAUCUGGGAAACUGAAGUUAAGAGUUAAGUUGGAUUUUCAUUUAAAUGGCUCUUCAUCUAUCACCAAUGAACAGUUCGAUCACAAAUUCGAUGAAACUCUAUAA